CUCAAAGGAGGGAAGAACCAGAAGGCCAGAAGUCAAAGGCUUGUUUAGUUCAUAGUUUAUUGAAGUUCUUCUCCCUUUCAGAGUCUGGAGCCCCUCCCACCAGAUGGGCCUGAUUUCGGAGCAUUGGGAGAUGAAGCCCAAUUUGUUGAAAUGGAACCUGAAGCUAAGCAGGAAAUUCUGGAAAACAAAGAUGUGGUGGUUCAGCAUGUGCACUUUGACGGACUGGGAAGGACGAAAGAUGAUAUCAUCAUUUGUGAAAUUGGGGAGGUUUUUAAGGCUAGAAACCUCAUUGAGGUAAUGCGGAAGUCUCACGAAGCCCGGGAAAAGCUGCUGCGGCUAGGGAUCUUUAGACAGGUGGAUGUUCUGAUCGAUACAUGUCAAGGUGAAGAUGCGCUUCCUAAUGGGUUGGAUGUUACCUUUGAAGUAACAGAGCUGAGGAGGCUGACGGGCAGUUACAACACCAUGGUCGGCAACAAUGAAGGCAGCAUGGUGCUCGGCCUCAAACUCCCAAAUCUCCUAGGACGUGCAGAAAAAGUGACCUUUCAGUUUUCCUACGGAACAAAAGAAACUUCGUAUGGCCUGUCCUUCUUCAAACCUCAGCCUGGGAACUUUGAGAGAAACUUCUCUGUGAACUUGCAUAAAGUCACCGGCCAGUUCCCAUGGAGCUCCCUGCGGGAGACAGACAGAGGCGUGUCUGCUGAGCUGAGCUUCCCCAUCUGGAGAACCUGCCACACCGUGAAGUGGGAGGGCGUGUGGCGGGAGCUGGGCUGCCUGUCCAGGACCGCAUCGUUCGCCGUGCGCAAGGAGAGUGGCCACUCGCUCAAGUCCUCUCUCUCGCAUGCCAUGGUCAUCGACUCGCGGAACUCCUCCAUCCUCCCGCGAUGUGGGACCUUGCUGAAGGUCAACCAGGAGCUGGCCGGCUACACCGGAGGAGAUGUGAGUUUCAUCAAAGAAGACUUUGAGCUCCAGCUCAACAAGCAGCUCAUGCUGGAUUCUGUGAUCUCGGCAUCUCUCUGGGGAGGAAUGUUGGUGCCCAUCGGUGAUAAGCCCUCAAGUAUUGCCGACAGGUUUUACCUCGGAGGACCCACCAGCGUCCGUGGAUUCAGCAUGCACAGCAUCGGGCCUCAGAGUGAAGGAGACUACCUGGGCGGGGAGGCAUACUGGGCGGGCGGCCUGCACCUGUAUAGCCCGCUGCCAUUCCGGCCCGGCCAGGGCGGCUUUGGUGAACUUUUCCGAACCCACUUCUUCCUCAACGCAGGAAACCUCUGCAACCUUAACUAUGGGGAAGGCCCCAAAGCCCACCUCCAGAAGCUGGCUGAAUGUAUCCGCUGGUCGUAUGGAGCUGGUAUCGUCCUCAGACUCGGCAACAUUGCCCGCCUGGAGCUUAAUUACUGCAUCCCCAUGGGCGUGCAGCGGGGUGACAGGAUAUGUGAUGGCGUCCAGUUUGGGGCUGGAAUUCGCUUCCUGUAGCUGGUGCCCCUGCAGGAGCUGCUCCGGAACCACUCGCUGCGCGCAGUGCACACUGGUCCUGUGAGAACCAUGUCAAUAAAUUUUAAAGACAGAUCUUG